AGUGUCAGACUUGUCACUUUUUUGUUUUUGUUCACGUCUUCAUUUGAUUCAAAAAAUUAUAUCAGUCAUUAAUCACUGUAGAUGCUCGUCUUAUCAAUGUAGAAGGGACCAAUACCGUAAAUAUUGGUUUUAUUUUAGAGUAUAUUUGUUUAUCACAAUUACAGUUUUAUAUUGAUAAGGACAAAUAAAAAUCAAAAUGACUUCUAUGUUUGAUCAGUUCGAACAAGCAUUCUUAAGAACAAAGAACAAUAAUAUUAGUACUGCAGAAAUGAGUACAUUAGGAUACAUAAACAUGAUGAUAGAUCAGGAAGUUCCAAUAUUUAGUAAAAGUAAGAAAGAUUUUACACCAUCCGAUAGAAUUACUCACGUUGCUAUUGCCAAUAAACAAUUAGUCGUUGCAAUGGCAAACGGAAUAUUAUUCCGCAUGAAUUUGCAUAACCCACAACAGCAAAGUGAAAUCUCUUUAAUCAAAUAUACAAGCACUUACAGAUUAACAAAUCUAUUCCUGGACCCAACAGGCAACCACUUAUUACUAACAUUUGGCCAGAAAACUUCAGAAAGCGGUCCAGAACUAUUGUAUCUUUCUAGGAAAACAGACAAAUUGAAGACUACAACAAAAUUUCGUGGCAAUGAAUUUACUGCCGUGGCAUGGAAUCAACUUAAUGAUUCAGAGGGUACAACUGGAUCUAUCCUUUUAGGUACAUCUAAGGGGUUAAUAUUUGAAACGGAAAUUGUAUUAGAAGGUGAUAAAUUCUUCACGUCAAGCUUGGAGCAGUAUUGGAGGCAGGUCUUUGACAUAGGAAAAGGCACCAGCAUACCCAUCACAGGCUUGGAAUAUUAUAGAAUUCCCAAUACGGACAAAUACAUCAUCUUCGCCACAACUCCUUCCAGACUGUAUUAUUUUGCUGGAAGAGCGGACAUAGAUGAAAAACCGCUUUUGCAACAAGUUUUUAACAGAUAUUUGAACAUUCCUGAACCUGACACUUAUAUCGAGUGCAAAAGCAGCUUGAGGUACUCCCGAUUGCAAUUCUGGUCUGAAAAUUUGAUGACGCCCAAUUCUUUCGCCUGGAUAACAGAAAAAGGGAUAACAUAUGGAGAGAUUAACCCAUCUACAGAUGAUAAUAUACAAGCAUUAAAAAAUAAAAUUAAAAUUAUAAAUUACCCAAGGCCUUUGUAUGAAGAUUAUGCUGUUUCUCCAAAGUAUCCCAUUGCGAUUGCUUUGACGCAGUUUCACAUUCUUUUAGCCUAUACCGACACUAUUAAGGGCUUGUGUUUGCUGAAUCAAGAAGUUGUCUAUGAAAAUAAUUAUAACGAGGCUUUUGGAAAGCUAGUUAAUAUUAUUAAAGACGUUCGUACAGGCGAUAUUUGGGCAAUAACAGAAAAUGCUGUUUUUCGAUUCAAAAUCACUCGAGAGGAACGCAACGUUUGGCAGAUUUUCUGCAAAAACGAACAGUUUGAUCUAGCGAAAAAAUAUUCCCGAAGUAAUGAGGCGUGCUACAACCAAGUACUGAUAAAAGAAGCCGAUAUGCUGUUUAACAACAAACAGUACGAGUUGAGUGCUCAACGAUACGCUGAAACUCAGUCGAGUUUCGAGGAAAUCUGUUUGAAAUUCAUACAGGUUGACCAACAGGAUGCGUUGAAGUUAUUUUUGAGGAGCAAACUGGAUACAUUGAAGCCACAGGAUAAGACUCAGAUUACGAUGAUUGUUAUAUGGGUCGUGGAGCUUUAUCUGACCAAGUUGGAGGAGAAACGUUUGGAAGGACUUGAACAAAGUGCAGCUUAUGCAGAUAUUCAAAAGGAAUUUGAGACAUUUUUAGCCCUUCAAGAAAUUUCAGAAUGUAUUAAAAAUAACAAGGGCACUAUUUACGAGUUGAUGGCUAGCCACGGGGACAAGAAUAACCUCAUCAAGCUUACGAUUGUAAAUAAAGAUUUUGAACAGUUAAUACGUCAGCACAUAUUUAAAAAUAAUUUCCAUGAAGCCCUAGAAGUCCUCAAGAGCCAGAACAAUUACGAAUUGUAUUAUCAGUUCGCACCGAUUUUAAUUCAAGAGGUGCCUAAACACAUGGUCAAGGUCAUAAUGGAGCAAGAACGGAGAUUGUCGCCACUGAAGCUCCUUCCGGCUAUGGUGUCCUGCAAUGGCGAAAUGCAUGCUGUAGAGGUCAUCAAGUACUUGGAAUUUUGUAUCGACAAGUUAAAAAACACCGAUAAAGCCAUACACAACUUUUUGGUUUCGCUCUACGCGAAGCACGACCCACAGAAACUCAUGGAAUAUUUGAAUUCUCAGGGUCAGGAACUCAGUUUGGUUAAUUACGAUGUACAUUUUGCUUUAAGAUUAUGUCAUGAAAACAAUCUAACGGAGGCAUGCGUCCAAUUGUCCGGGUUGUUAGGUCUCUGGGAGGCUGCUGUGGACCUGGCACUCACCGUAGAUUUGGAAUUGGCAAAGAAGAUGGCUAACAUGUCGCCAGAAACCGAUGCAGAACUGAGGAAAAAGUUAUGGCUUAAAAUAGCUCAAAAUGUAGUGAGCGGAAAAGACGACAUUCAACAAGCAAUGGCUUUCCUGAAGCAGUGUGAUCUGAUAAAGAUCGAAGAUAUCUUACCGUUUUUCUCGGAUUUCGUUACAAUCGAUCACUUUAAAGAUGCGAUCUGUGAUUCCCUUAAGGAAUACAAUCAACACAUUCAAAACUUGAAAGACGAGAUGGAGGAGGCGACUAAGUCUGCCGAACAAGUUAGGGACGAGAUUCAGUCAUUCAGAAACCACUACACGCUUAUAAACAGUUCGGAUACUUGUGAAGUUUGCAAUAUAACUCUUUUGGUAAGGCCUUUCUACAUGUUCCCGUGUCACCACAAAUUUCACACGGAUUGUUUGUUGAACGAGUUGGGUCCAUCGUUAGGUCCUGCUAAGAAAAAUAGACUGGCAGAUCUGGAAAGGCAAUUGAGGAUACUGAAUAAUCAAACCACUGUGGAUAAUUUAAGCACCUGUUCUGCUGGAAUGUCGGCUAAGGAGAUCGUAAAAUCGGAAAUCGAUAAUAUUGUAGCAUCCGAGUGCUUGUACUGCGGGGAGAAUAUGAUUAGGAAUAUCGAUAAGCCAUUUAUCGAGGACUUUGAAUACGAACACAUUAUGAAGGAGUGGCAGUAAUGUUUAUUAUUUAUUUAAUGUUGUAUUAUAAAAUAUGAAGUAUAACUACAGUCAUCGUGUAAUAUACAUGUUUUAUUGAAUAUAUGCAGCGUGAAUAAACAG